UCAUAACUUUAUUUCGUUUAUAGUUAAUUAAUCCGUUAUAAUGCUGAUCAAUUAACAUUAUUGAAUAAAGUAGUAUCACGGUACAAAGGUGAAGGUUUAAAAAAUGACAGAUUUAUAGAAAGAACGAUAAGUAGCAUUAAUAUGACAUAUCCUGUUGAAUUAUAUCCUGCUUCGUCAAAUACUCAUACGACAUUUCCUUGUUUAACAAUUAGAUAAGAUAAGAUGUCAUAUGAAAUUUUCUUUAUAAACGAAAAAUCUUAAUACAAUUAAUACUCGCGAACAUUUCUGAUUGAUUUAUCGUGGCAUUAUUCUACAAUACGUACGUAUUUACCUGCGUAAAGGUAAAUUGAAAUCAUUAGAAAUCAUAAAACCAUUAUCAGCUAGAUUUUCCAUUCAUAUUCUAUAAAAAUUUAUAAAGAACACCAAAUAUAUAAAGAAAUUUAUUCGUAUAUAUACACACAAAUGAUCUAACCUUAAAGGUGCAUACCUGUGUGUUUCGACUAAUUUUAGAUCGUAGCGCCACAUAUAGCAUUUCGAGAACAUUAACCUUUCUUUCUCGACUUUUUGUUUAACCCGGCACUUUUAGCAUUUCAUAUUUUCUAAACAUGCUACCAGAAUCUGACGUUUCUGCAUUAUGCAUCGAUGUGUCGAAAACCACGCCAGUUACCGGUGAAUCAAAAACAACCAAAAAAGAAAAUGAAAUUGACCCUGGAUCAGGUAGAUGGACCACUUUAUUGGUCUUGGCAGGAGCUACGUGUUGUUUGGGUUCCGCACUACCAGCAGGAUACAGCUUAGGUGUAUUAAACAAUCCUGCAGAGUUAAUCCAGAACUUUUGCAAUGAAAGUAUUAUUGAAAGAUAUGACAUACAAUUUACUCACAAUGAGCUGAUGAUAUUAUGGGCUACCAUAGUAUCAAUUUUUUUAAUUGGCGGAGUGACUGGAUCUUUGAUAGCAAGUUGGUUAGCAGAUAGAUUCGGAAGAAAGGGAGCUUUAAUGAUUGGAAAUAUCUUUGGAAUCUUAGGUGCUAUUCUCUUUCUCCUUGUACCAGCAUUAAAUUCUGUUGAAUUAUUACUCGCAGGCAGACUAAUUGUUGGUCUGUCAGGAGGAUUAGCUACUAGUUUGUUACCAAUGUAUAUGACAGAAAUAGCACCUCUUAAAUUAAGAGGUGCUGUUGGAGUAUUAUGUCAAUUAGGUAUCACGUCUGGUGUGUUUCUUGGACAAAUUGCAGGACUUGAUACAGUGUUAGGUACUAAAGAAAGUUGGCAUAUCAUGUUAGCAGCAUGUUCACUUUUAUGCGCAACUGCGCUGCUUCUUACCUUUGCACUGCCAGAAAGUCCAAAAUAUUUAUAUAUAAUUAAGGAACAGCAAAGUAAAGCUCUUAAAGAGUUAAGUCGUUUACGUAAUAUGGAUAUUAUGUUAUUACAAAACGAAGUUGCUGGUUUGCAACACGAAUUCGUGACCAAAUCAUCGACAGAUAAUUGGACGAUAGGUCGUAUAUUAAAAGAGCCUACUCUUAGAUUACCUUUACUCCUAGUAUGCUCUCUUCAAUUCGGCCAGCAACUAACCGGUAUAAGUGCAGUAUUUUAUUACUCGAGUUCGAUAUUUAAAGAUGCAGGAUUAGGAAGUACUGGAUCACAAUAUGCUACUCUUGGAACUGGCUUUGCUAAUAUUGCUAUGGCUGUGGUAUCUGUUCCUGUUAUGUCAUUAUUCCAUAGACGAAUUGUGUUAUUAAGUAGUUGUUAUUUAUGUAUUGGAUGUCUCAUUAUUUUAUGUACUUCCAUAGCUUUAAUUCAUACAGUUUCAUUUAUGCCAUGGGUGUGUAUAGUGACAGUAAUCGUUUAUGUCAUCUUUUAUGGUAUUGGCCUUGGUCCAAUUCCAUUUUUUAUUGGGUCAGAAUUAUUUGAUGUUGGGCCCAGACCUGUUGCAAUGUCUCUUGGAAGUGUUUGUAAUUGGGGUGGUAAUUUUAUUGUUGGAAUGUUAUUUCCAACGAUGCAAGAAUUACUCGGCCCGUACACUUUUCUUAUCUUUACAGGAUGUAUUAUACUUCUAGCACAAUUUGUUGGAUUCUAUUUGCCAGAAACAAGAGGUAAAAGUACUAUGGAAGUUGCAGCAUCCAUUACACAAGGAUUGAAGUCAAGACCAAAUGCAAAGCCCGCGACUUAGAUAAUAAAUCUUUAGGAUAUUUAAAUGUGAUGAUUAAUAAAAAAAAAAUGGCCUAUAUAAAUGCUUUACUCCAUAAGCAAUGAUGUUAUGGAUAAAGUUAAAUGUUAUAAAAAGCAACCAUGAAAGCAAUGGGAUCAUGAUUUGCUUAUGUGUUGUAUCAUUUUUAAAGCAACAUUUGUUUUAUUUUUAACGAAAAAAUUAACUUAUUAUUAAUGUUGUAUAUAUUUACAUAAACAUGUACACAAUCUACAUUUCCAUUAUAUUGGAUACAAUGGAUUAUAUUUAUAUGAAGUUAA